AUGGGAGACUCUGAAAAUUAUGUGAAGAAGAGAAGAGCAAAGGUCCAGCAGAAUGGCGGUGGACAAGACUCCAAGAAACUCCGGAAUCGAUUGUCCCAACAAGCCUUUCGGGAAAGGCAAGCAAUAUAUGUGAAGGAACUCGAAAAACGUCUCCAAGAGUCCCAGAAACCAGAAACAUGCCGAAUGGCGACGUUGGAGGAAGAGAACCGUGCUUUACGCGAUCAGCUACUGGUGUGCCGCAAGAAGCUCAGAAACAUCCAGGCAUCUUUGGAAAGUGUAUCUGUUGGCAUCACAGGUGCCCUUUAUGAUAAAGAUCCCUUUACAACACACUGCUCACUAUCAGGCUCAGAAGGUGAGCAACCAGAACCGGAUGCGGGGAUGGAAGGGGAAAUGGAUCGAAGCGCAGAGGAUCUCUCCGAUCCCAGGGAACUUAGCAUCAGCUGCGAUACCCGGGAAUACGAUGGUGCUUUCAAGGGGCCUUCAGAAGACACGAUGUUGCCACAAAGUGACACGCUCAUAGCGGACAUCGGAUUGCCCAACAUACCCGCUCGCGGUGAAGGUUCCGUUGGUCAGCUAGAGGCUGCCCCCAUUCUCUGCUCGGAAUUGCUUGCCGAACUCAAUUCUUUGGAAGUCCUAGAGAGCAGCUUUCAGCGUACUAAUAUGGCAAAUCAACUCUGCGCACCAACCGACUUUCCCUUCAACUCGGCCGGAAUACUCUUCGGAACCGACUCACUUUUCUCCGCUCACAUCAUGGCAUUCGAAUCUUGUAUCACGCGAAGAUGGGACGAAAUGAAACACGAGCUGCACAAUAACCUGGACAGCCUCCGUUCGGUUGUGGAUCUUAUGUUAUCAACAUUCGUUGGUGCAGUAUGGCCAUCGAUGACAAGCUUCUAUGCCUAUACAGGUGGUCAUAUUCAAUUAGGAAGAUUGAUUAUGUGGCGAGUCGACUCAAACCCGGAGACCUAUGCAAAUCUCCACCAGGCUUAUAGGCCCACUCUCCUACAGCUAUCGAGCUUGCAUGCGGCAAUCAUUGACUGGAUACCAUUUCCAUCACUAAGGGACCGAAUCAUCCAGGCAUACAAUAACGAACAUCUGGAUCGCCUAAUUGGCGACAUCGGCGACUCAUACGUGCUACAAGUCGACUUAUCGAAACUAGUGCAAGGCUUCAGUACAAAACUUGGGUUCGUGGGACUGUGGGACCUUGUGACAGUCGCAACGUCAGAACACGCCUCGAGAGAUGCUCUUCCGUUCCCACCAUCUCUGUCCGCCAUUAACACAAGAGCGUGUCCUGAAAUCGAUCGAGCUUGGCAAUCAAUUAACAACAAUACCAAGGAUUACCGUCUACCGGCACCGAGCUUGGAAGCUCUCUUUACAUCUCCCGAGUAUGCCCUAGCGGCUAUUCGUUCCUUCAACUUGAAAAGCGAUCCGUCUUCGGUUCGCAUAGAUCCUACUUUCUUCCAAAAAUACCCGGAGCUACAGGAAUCACAAUCAGCACUUAUCGCAAGAGGCACUCCUCUACGGCGCCCAGAUAGACCAUGUUUUCCUCUUCCCACAACUAUGACGACAAUGAUGAUGCAGAAAUAUCACAAUGUCGCAACCUGGGCAUUCGAGAGCGCGCUGGAAAAGCUGCGAAACUAG